AUGCGUAGCCCGACCGCGCCGACAAUUCGAUCCUGUGCCGUUCCUCCCGCCAGAACACGCGGCUGCUCUACAUCGCAUUGCGCAAGUGCAUGCCCAUCUGCUCAACGAGGAUACAGAAGUGACAGAAGCAGCGGAGCCCUGAGAAUGGGGCGGAAGACAAACGGUCCGGGAUGUGAUAAGGAGUGGUUGUCUGGUCAUCCUUGUUUCCAAUAA